CAGGCAGGCAGAUGACAGACAGGCAGGCAGGCAAUCAGACUGCAGCCAGACAGACAGGCCGCCAGACAAGACUGACAGGCUAGCCAACUCAAGACAAGGCAGGAAUACAUUAGGACUUAGUUUUUUCUUCUUUCUCUACUCUCUUUCCCACUGAUCUUAACACACUAAAACAUUUUAACAGACUUACAUAUUAGGACUGGUUGUUUAAGUUGCUACUUAGACCACACAGACCGACCAGACGACCUGCACAGGAAAACUAAUCAGAUAGUCUAAGCUAAUUAGGGUCGAGGGUUGGAGGGAGGGGGGCUUGAAAAAGCAUAGCAGACCAAGCCCUGAGAGAUUUUGUGAUGAUAAACAGACUACAAUUUCCAUGUUAUGCCUUUUUAGAAAGAAAUUGUAAGUGAAUCAAUUUGUUGGCUAAUGCUGUGAUAAGUCAGAGCGACCAGUAAGCGCAUUUUCCAUGGACUUGUCUCUGAGUAGAGUUAGGUUCAUUUCAGAUUGUUCACUGGAAAGGAGGACUCCGGGGGGGGGGGGGGGGAUUUGACUUCUCUAAAGUUUCCUUAAAUACCAGGCCGUCAAUUAGGCGAAAUGAGAAAUGAUCUGGGAUUAUCUGAUGUCUGUUUCACCAUUCCCAUGCUCCCUGAACACCACAGUCAGUGCCUGUGCACGCAGAGAUGGAAGGCAGGGGCCCCAGUACUUCCUGGAGAUUCAGACAGUUGUAUGCGUCUGUCUUUCUGUCUGUGUGUGUGUGUGUGUUUUGGAGCGUGGGGUGGUUGAGAAAAACGGGAGAGAGCUUAAAUUCAACAGGACCCCCAUUGCUUGGUGUUUGAGUAGAGUUUUGGCAUUCCCUCUUUUGUCUGUUUUGUUUUGUCUCCCCCCCACCCCCUCCCCCCCCCCCCCCCAUCUCCUCUCUCCCUCACCCUCCACUGUGUCUGUUGGCUGAUGAGUUUGUCUCUUUGUCUGGAUUCAGUCAGACACUGCGUCACCUCCUGCCUACAGACACACAGACUCAGAGAUAACAUCAGAGUGGCAGAGACGAAGGCAGGGGGGUGGGAGGGACGAGCGAGGGGGGGGGGGGGGCGAGCGAGGAGAGAGACAGAUGUACAGACAGAGCCUAGCAGUGGGGGAUGGGUAGCCCUUACACAUCAAUCAUUGGCUGUGUGCCGUGGAGCCAGCCUGUUGUAGCAGUUCAUAGUUCAACACUCAGAAGCACUCUACCAAUACUAAUGAGUGCAUGGAUUACUAUGGGAAAUGGGACCAAACUGUGUUCACAUACCAACUCUUCCACAACCAGUUAACGGCGGACUGACACAGGCAGCCUCGGGAGGAAUCCUGCGUGUGUGAAACGCCGCCCUGCGAUGGCACCUCCCCCCUCCCACACAGACCUAGCACCUCAGUGUUUGUGUUCCACCUCCCAGGAUUCUAGCUCACCCAGGCUGCAAUUAGCUCAGCAAGCCCUCAGGUAACUACAGCCCGGGUUUCUCUCCUCCGCUCCGGUGAACGGAGCUGCGGCAAAGGAGGGAGGCCAUGAGUUGCUAGCGUUAGCCGUUGGACGUGCGAGCCACGUUAACCUCCCGUCGGCGCUCGCCAGAGCUGAGACGGUCUUAAACGGGGACAGGAGAGGAGCUUGGGGUGGCGGCGUUCGAUCCUCUCUUCUGAACCCCGGCCGGCGUACCUCCCAACACUCAGCCGGCGAGUCUGUGAAAAAAAGGGGCCUCAUCCGGAGAUGCUGCCGGAACGCCGAGAGAGCGUCGGAACGCGAGGGGUUAACAGACACAUACGGGCUGCCUGGGGCCGUUCCAUACAGCAGGCAUCACAGGCCCUCUGCACACGAUGAACAUGGAGGGCAGGGAUGACUUCACCGAGGACAGCGAAUGCCACAGCAACAACUCCCAAGAGCAGGACAGCAUAUCAGAAGACAGCGACAGUGACCUCGACAACCCCGGCGACGACUCGUCCUCCAACACCUCGGCCGACGACCACAUGACCUCCAAGGGAGCGCAGUGCCGCCUACAGGGCGGAGGGGUCAAAGAGGAGAACGAGGAGGGGGCCGACCUGGGCAGCAACUUUGUGUGUCCUCUCUGCACCCUGGACUUCAGCUGCCCAGAGCAGCUCAUCGCACACGUCUACCAGCACACCUCCAUGCUGGGUGGCAGUAAGAGCUAUGUGUGCCCGGUGUGUGGGCGUGCUCUGAGCUCCCCCGGCUCCCUGGGGCGCCACCUCCUCAUCCACUCUGAGGACCGCCACUCCAACUGUGCCGUCUGUGGAACCCGCUUCACCGACACCAACAACUUCAACAGUGGGAAGCUGAGAGAGAUCCUCAACACAGGCAGCAUGGAGUGCAGCAGUGGAGACGAGACCUGCUCCAUGUCCCAGUCCCUCUCCAACAGCCCCAUGGGAAACCCUGGCCAUUCUGGCCACCCAGGACCAGGUCACCCGGGUCAUGCUGGCCCGGGCCACCCCAGCCACCCAGGCCACCACAACAACCCCGGCCUAGGUCACCAGAGUCACCCCGGCCAUCAUGGAGCUGGCCAUCCCAGCCACCCAGGCUCAGCCCACCCUUGCCCAGGACCAGGCCCAGGCCAAGGCCCGGGACACACCCUCCCCUCCCUGCCGGACAGCCUCCUCCCCUCACUGCCUCCCCUCCCCGACGCCCUCUGCCCUUCGGCCGCGGGGCUGCCUCCCCUCUCCGACAUCCUGAACCCCAUGCCCGUGUACCCGGCGGGGGUGCUGCUGGUGUGUAACAGCUGUGUGGCCUACCAGCAGCUGGUGGAGGCCCAGUCGCCCUCCAUGAGGAAGUGGGCGAUGCGCCGGAAGAACGAGCCCGUGGAGGCGCGCAUGCAGCGGCUGGAGCGCGAGCGCACGGCCAAGAAGACCAAGCGGGCGUGCGAGUCGGCCGAGGAGCGCGAGAUCCGGAGGCUGCGCGACCGUGAGGCCAAGAGGAUGCAGAGGCUGCAGGAGACGGAGGAGCAGAGGGCUCGGAGGCUGCAGAGGGACAGGGAGGCCAUGAGGCAGAAGAGGGCCAACGAGACGCCGGAGAAGAGGCAGGCCAGGCUGAUCCGCGAGAGGGAGGCCAAGAGGCUCAAACGGAGGCUGGAGAAGAUCGACCCGUCUCUGAGGACGCAGAUAGAGCACGACCCCACCGCCAUGGCUGCCCUCACUGCAGACAUGAGCCUCUUUCAGUUCCCCUGCCCCAUGCCUGUGCCCUCACUGGACAACGGCCUCUUCAUGAAGAUGCCCUAACAGGGUCUGGCCACCAGGGGGUGAUACUCCACUGGAACUCUUGCCGUCAUGAGAACUUUUCCGUUCUGCCUUCGGGUGGGUUGCCAUGGUCACAGAGCGAACCAUUCCUUGCUGGUUUACCUUCCAGCCUCUUUUGUCGAUUAACUUGAUAACUCUUCGGUCAACCGUUACAAAAACACAAUUAAUUUAUUACAGAGGACGUUAAGAACUAGCCUGGCUCCGCCCUCCUACGUACUUCCGCUCAAUUUUCAUUUUCCUUCAGUCAGUCUGGGUUUGCGGUAUAUUCGCUGGUUUUCUCUGGCCAAUUUUUACCUGUCCAAUCAGCGAACAGAGGGAGUGGCUGAGAACGAUGACGUUGAGGUCGUGCGCUAGUUUGAGUUGUAG